ACUGCGAUUUUGGCUUAUCUGGUGUUUCGAUUGCAGGAUCCAACGUGAAAGGAAGUAAAUUGAAGUCAGACACCAAGAGUUCCAAGCUUUCCGUCAAUAAGAAAGCAGCCAUCACAUAAGCUGGGAAGAAACCGGGGAAGGCGGCCAAGGAUCCAAACAAACCAAAGAGGCCUGCCAGUGCCUUCUUCGUAUUCAUGUAAUUAUUAUCACCGCCUCUAUAAAUAUCUCGUUACUAAUGAAAAAUCCUCUUUCCGUCAAAUAUCUUUGGCAUUAACAUUCAAACAAACUGUUGAAGAAGUGAACAUAACAAUUUUUAAAAAAUCGUGGAUUCCAUGGGGAACCCAGAUCCGGGCUCCUUGUGGAUUCCACAGGGAACCUAGCUGGGUUCCGCAUGGAACCCAGAGGAACCCAGAUCUGGGCUCCUCGUGGAUUCCACGGGGAACCCAAAUCCGGGCUCCUCGUGGAUUCCACUGGGAACCCAGAUCUGUGCUCCUCGUGGAUUCCACGGGGAACCCAAAUCCGGGCUCCUCGUGGAUUCCACGGGGAACCCAGAUCUGGGCUCCUCGUGGAUUCCACAGGGAACCCAGUUUCUGGGUUUCCCAAGGAAGUUAGGAUGAUGAAGACGAUGGCAAAGAACGAUGAAGAUGAUGCCAAGGAUGCAGAGGAGGAUAAGGUGAGGAGAAAGAAAAGGAUGAAAGAUGUUACAGUUAAUUAUUUUUAGGGAGAAGAAAAGAGUAGAAAUGGGAAAUGAAAAGACAAAAAGAAAAUGAUGAUUUUUUA